UGUUCGAAGGAUUACGUUGUCUUCCAACCGACGCAGUACAGCUCAACAACUCGAAGUGUCCACUUGUAUCACGAGCCUAUUAAAAUACGCGACGCCAUGGCAGUGUCUCUUACGACUGAGGAUAAAUUGGAGUACAAAUUCUAUCCGUGCUCCAGCGGUCAAAUCCAGUUUCGUGUAAGGGCCCCCAAUGAUGCCCACAUUGCCCUCACCACUGGGCCAUAUGAGACCGAGUCAAUGUAUGAGGUCUUCGUCGGAGGAUGGGGCAACAGCAAGUCUGUCAUCCGUAAAAAUAGGUCUAAGCCUGAUGUGGCGGAGAUGGACACUCCCGGAAUCUUGAGUGCCGAUGAACUUCGUGGAUUCUGGAUCCGAUGGCAAGGAGGAAAUAUAACCGUUGGCAAGGAAGGUGAACAGAUGCCGUUCUUGAAUUACUACGACUCAGCACCAAUCCCUAUCAAUCAUUUUGGCGUCUGCACUGGUUGGGGAGCCUCAGGAGAAUGGCUUGUUGAAGCGAGAUGCAUCGGAGGUCACGGUGGUU